CGGCACCACGCCGCUCAUGGCAGCCGCCAGUAGCGGUGACAUAGAGACGUGUCGUGCACUCCUGCGCGCCGGGGCGAGCGUCGACGCUACCGACACCGAGGGAUCGACGGCCUUGCUCAUUGCUGCGUACUGCCGACACGUUGACGUCGUCGAUGUGCUCUUGGCCGCAGGCGCCGACGCCAGCGCGGCCCGAUCGUCGGACGAGCUCACGGCCUUGCAUGUCGCAACUCGAUUCGGUGACGUGGCGCUCUUACAACUACUCGCAUCGGCGGCGCGCGCUGUGCCAUCGGACGCUCGUCUUCUGCAGUUGGCUGCCUUUCACGGCCACCUCCAUGCCACGGCCUUUUGGCUCGGCGCCGACGCCGUGGACGUUGCUCAGGAAGGACCGCUGGCGCUCUUCUCGGCCGCCGCCAACGGCCACGAGCCCGUCGUCGCAUUGCUGCUCGAGCAUGGAGUCGAUGCCGAUGCGAUCGAGGAACAUGGUUGGACGCCUUGCUUGGCCGCCGCCGCGAGCGGUCACGAAGCCGUCGUUCAGCGUCUAAUCGACGCCGGCGCUUCUUUGGAGCACAUCGACCACGCUGGCAACACGAUCGUGCACGUUCUGGCCGAGCACAACCGCCCAGAGCUGCUGCAGUCGCUCUGGCCACGCCUCGAGGCGCGUAUGCCCGGUGCGCUAGCUGCCGUCAACCACCGGGGGUAUACGCCUCUACUGGAAGCUGUAGCGUGCAACCACAUGCACAUGGUGGACGUGCUCGUUGCGGUCGGCAGCUCGUUCGACGCGCUUGUGCCGCAGGGCGGCUGGACGUGGUUGCACGUGGCAGCCCGGCACGGCCAUGUCGAGUUGAUCGAGCACAUGGUGCGAGAGCAUGCGACGGCAUCGCUCGUCGAUCCACGCAAGGACACCUCGUUUUUAUGGGGCGGGUCGGCGCUGCACGUGGCUCGUAUGCACGGCCAGUUGCCGCCAACAGGCAACACCGAGCUCAACGCGAAAGCGCAUGGCCACGACAUGCCGAUCAAACAAGUGACACCCUCGGACGCCACCCGUGGGUCCCGGCGCCAAAGCGACAACACACCGGUGGUAACGCCACCGCAGUUAGAUUUAUUGGGCCCCCGGUUCCGGCGGUCGUUGCCGCAAGUACUGCCGGAUGACAAUGUCAAAUUGCCGCCCAAAUUGCGCGACUGUGUCUCCAGUCGGUCGGGCGUGCGGAUUUUGUCGGCGCGGGGCGGCGACACGUUUUCGUCACCACGAACGCCGCGUCUGCGCCCCCGCCGGUCGAUGGUUCUUUUGAGCAAGCCGUCGGACGCGGCUCUCGCGUCCGAGACCUUGAGCGACAAGCCAGAGUCGGUGCACUCGUUGCCUCACAACAUGCCCAUGAGCUGUGCGCGCGUGUCCAAGUCCCGGCUCGUGACCGACGCCGAGUCGAUCGAAGACGCACUCAGCCAAGCCCAAGUGGCGGUGAUCAACGAUUUGAUGGCCAUGACGGCCGUACCGUCAACGUUGUUGGCACCAAUCGUGGCGCCGGUCGAGUCGGCGCCCAACAGCAGCACCGUACCCCCGAGCCCGCGCGUUGCAUCGGUCAAGCCCAGCGACGCAGUGACGCCAGUGCCCGCCAAGCCCAAGCGCGUCAUUGCGCUGCCCAAGAGCGUGCGCAAGUUUGAACCGACGCCCAAGGCGCCAAAGACCAAUCCAAACACCCCAAGUGUCAAGGGCGUCGAAUGGGCGCCCGGCCAACAAGUGCUCGCUAAGGCGGCAGGAAAGCGAGACUUUGCACCAGGCACGGUGCAGAAGGCGGUCGGACCUGGGUUCUACAUGAUUGUCUUUGACGACGCGAGCAUGGACCACAAAGUGCCCGACAGCAACAUCAGGGACUAUGAAGUCGUGCGCGACCACGAGCUGACGGGGGCCACGUCGAGCGAUUUCAGCCUGACGCUCGAAGCGAUGGAGGAGGACUAUCGGAGCGCUCAGCGGUUUCCAGGCCUUCCCGCAUGCAGCGAAUCGAGCUCCGUUGGCGACGACACCCGCUUGGCGUCGUCAACGGUCCUGGACCUCAACGCGACGCUCCUUGAGGGGCUAAAAGCUCAAAUUCAGCGACUCGCGCCACCAAUGGUCGACAAAAGCACGAUCCUUGCGUCGGAUGUUGCCGUCAUGUCAACGCUCGUGACGACACCGUCCCACAUGUCCAACCCGGCCGACGACGCCGACACGACGGACGUGACGAUCCAAGAUGUGUUCAUUUUGGACAUUUCCGUGCCCGCCAUGCGCGCCCACCAGCUCAAGGUCCUCUACGCCCAACUCCACCGCCUCAAGACCAAACUCAACGCCGUCAACGUCGAGCGGCAGUCCAAUGCCUCCCUCUCCGGGACACCCGUCUUGGUCUUUGGUGAGCCGUGCUACUUUGGCAAGGUGGCUACCUUGCUGCCCAACGGCCUCGCCGACGUCAUCAGUUUGGACGAUAUCAACGGACGGCAGCAGGUGCCUCUCGACGCCAUUCAAGUGCUCACGCCAGCUGCGGACUUGAAGCGGCAGCACGAAGCGCUCAGUCGCCUCGCCGACCUCUUUUAUCCCGGCGCGCGCAUGCUCGUGAUGGCGCGCCGGGGGCAGCUCACGCAUGCGACGAUCCGGCGACGCUCGACCGAGUACGAAUACGACAUCAAGAUUGACCGCACCAGCGAAAACAUGGCGCGCGUCCGCGCGCAGCAGUUGAUUCCGAUCCAAGGUCUCUCGGUGCCGUUGCCGCAGCUGCAAAGGAAGACGCUGCAGAUCAAGCACGGCGCCUUCAUCUUCCGCAUUCAUGAAUUCGUAUAUGUGCUCGAUAUGGACAAUGCGUCCAAGAUUUACAUGGCCGGUGUCAUCUCGGGCAUCAACAGCAACCGCACAGUGGUCAUCGACUACGAAAACGGCGACAUGGACGGCAGUGUCUCGGUCCAGCUGCUCGAGAAAUACGACACGCGGAAGGAUCGAGGCCGAAUACGACCGCCCAACUGCGGCCCCGUCGGCUACAUCAACGACGAUAUCGUCAUGGCGCUGCACCCGAUGUCCAAAGCCAUCGCAAAGGCCAAAAUCACCUGCGUCCACGCCAGCUCGUGCGACAUUUGUUUCUUAGAUGGCGUCAUCGUCCUCCACAUGCCUCGGAGCCGACUCAACCAGAGUUGCUUGACGGUCGCGACGAUUCCACCACCGGUCGCACCGCGGUCGUACGUCGGUCAUUUCAAGGCCAACCAAUACGUGCUCGUCUUCAGCCACCGGUUCCAGCGCUACUGCACGGCGCAGAUCCAAGCCGUCCACGCGACGGCGACGCCCGUGACGUACAUGGCGGCGUUCGACUAUGGCGAGGUCAUUGACAAGGUACCCUUUGAAGUCAUCACACACAUUACCAACACCAACGUGUUGACGCCAACCAAGCGUAUUACGCACAACUGGAACAGCGUCAACGGGUACAUGACGGACAUUUUAUAUCCGUGCAAAAACAGCGCGAGCAUCCACGAUGCCGUGUGUGUCCCAAACCUCACAACCAUCAAGCCGCCGUGCAAUGUCGGCGACCUCGUUAUGGCCCGGUACCGCGGCACGUUCAAGUACUUUUUAGCGGUCGUACUGCGCAUCGACGACACCACGGUUGGCGUCUUGUAUGCGUCAUCAGAAGUCGAAGACGCCGUGCCGUACGACCACAUCUUUGUCGUUGACCCGAAAUACGAAAAACCGGUGGCAUUUUCGAUGACAGCGCCCGAAGAGGAGGCCAAGAUGACGGUGAUCCUACCCGAGUCGGGCGAGAAGGACAAUGUACCACCGAUGGCCGAGUCGAUAUCGAUGGCCAGUCGCCUCCACGCGUCGAGCAUGCAGCAAAUCGCCGUCUUGCCACGCCGCUUCUCUCUCUCCAAGAUCCUAUCGGGGCCGAUGAUGGCGUCCGACUCGUCCGUGCACCGCCACCACCCGACAGGUCGUAUCUCGGCGCAACCCCGUUAUUUCUUUCGCGCCUUAUUCCACAAGCUCAAGCGCUUCGUGUAUAAGCCCAAAGAAUAGACCACGCCCUUAUUUAUUCC